AUUUCAACGUCUCCCGUCUAGGCCUGUCAUUUCCGUCGGCUUCUCCGCAUCGCUGAUUAUAGGAAGCAUCCAUAAUAAUCCUACGGUACGUUAUACGUAGUAGGCGUGGAGAUCCUGCGCGGUUGAACAGGAUCGCAAGCCGAAUGACUGCCGAUUAUCGCCAGUUGAUUCUCCAAGAUUCGCCAUAAGUACUGUAGUAGAUCCACGGACUGCAACCACUGUAGAUCUCAUCCGUCUCAAAGCUAAGGGAGAGGUUCAUAUUUUUCGUCGAAAUCUCACUUACUUGUAGCUUCUAUCGUCAUGCUCUUCAAAAGUUUAUCCUGGUUGUAUUUAUGGCCUGUGUUCGCGAGUCAGUCAACAGGCACAACAGCGCUACAGAGUCGAGACGGAGAACCGAGCGUCCUGAAUUGCGCAGAUCCGGCGUCGACUUUGCAUCUCAGUGAUCCGCCAUACGAGAACUUCUUUUAUUCCGAUUGCCACUCGGCAGGUCAAGUGGUGGUGACUAGUCCCGCACCGGAUAGCAAUCUGACCAUAAUUGGACCGCGCCUCCUCGUUGCCUGGCCUGCCGGAAAUAGCGGGAUCGUGUCCUUCUUCGAACCAGAGAAUGGACUAAACGGGACGUUGGGAAUCAGCCUCGCAAACUUCUCGUCCGUUCAGCAGCCGCUUCAAGGGAUCUAUGAAGAAGGCCGCUCACCCAACCCAUAUGUCGGCAUCUCGGGAUUGCUCCAGUUAAAUGGUUCUGCAUUGUUGUCAGUCGCAAUCCUCGGCAGUAUAAGGAACAUCCGAGACUUUACAGAAGGUCCUAGUAUUCUUGAACCACUGAUCCAGAAUGCGACUGCAUUUUCCGUUGACGAUUCCGGUGUCGCGUUGAUCCAAAGGACGUGGUUCGAUAAUGAGACAGAGACACGCCUAUCGUUCGCGGCUGCUGGAGACGUGGACUCCCGACCUGAGAUCGGGAAUCAGACGGUCCGCUUCGCAGCCGGCACAUAUGUCUUCAAUGCUUCUUUUAACUACCCGCAGCUGGAGCAGCUCAGCUCUCAGGAAGUUUUGAACCCCGUUGCAAGAGACCUCAUCUCUCAGAAUCCCGAUGAAACGGCUUCGUUGUCAUUCCUGUCAUACAAGGACAAGCUUCUCGCCGGGGCGUGGCGCUUUCUGACAUAUUUUGGUCGGGAUAGUAUGAUAUCGGCUCUGCUUCUUCAGCCGAUAUUAAGUGAAGGCGAAGGCAGCGCUAUCGAGGCUGUGAUCGAAGCCGUCUUGGAGCGGAUUAAUCGUACCGAUGGUACUGUAGCCCAUGAAGAAACAAUCGGAGACCACGCUACGUAUUUGAGUAUCCAGAACAACGAAACCUCGACCGCACCACAGUACGAUUACAAGAUGGUUGACACGGAAUACUUUCUUCCUGUCCUUAUGAAGAAUUAUUUCCUCGACGCGGAGACUGGAAGGCAGCGCUCCGAGGCAUUCUUCAGCACGCAAGCCAGUAUCAACCCGGAUAACGAGGGACUAGCAUAUGCGGAUUUGGCGCUGGUGACGGCGGAGCGGAUCAUGAAUACUUCGGCUCCAUUCGCCUCAGACAGAGGACAAGUGAAGGGCAAUUUGAUACGUUUGAAGGAAGACCAGGUCGUUGGUGAGUGGCGAGACAGUACGUACGGUAUUGGCGGCGGACGAAUCCCGUAUGAUGUAAAUGUUGCUCUUGUUCCCGCCGCGUUACGGGCAAUCCAAGCGCUCUCAGCUGUCGGACUUUUUCCCACUCAUCCUGAAUGGGAGAAAACCGCCGGUUCCUUUGCUCAGACAUGGGAGGAUAACACGCUUCAAUUCUUCAAGGUCACAGUUCCAGCAGACGAAGCUCGAGACUUGGUCGACGCAUAUGUCUCUGAGUCUGGCUUUUCAGGUCCCUCGGAGAGUGACGGCAUCGUAUCCGAUGUUGUGUACCAUGGCCUUGCUUUAGACGGGAACUACAACCGGUCGAUUGUAAAGGUCAUGAAUAGCGACGACUGUUUCCGUCUAUUCUUCUUGAACACUACCGACCAAACGCAGCUGAGCCACUUUUUGAACCAGACCGCUGCCCAUGUUUUGCAGCCAUUCCCGGUAGGAUUGUCAACCUCAGUGGGGAUUCUCGUGGCCAACCCAGCCUAUGGAGGGGAUCCGGUGUAUACGGCAAACUUUACGAACAACUCAUACCAUGGGACGGUUGUUUGGGGGUGGCAACUCGCCAUGCUUGCCAAGGGACUGGAACGACAACUCGGUCGUUGCGACGGCGAGUCAAACCCCGGCUUUUGCGCCGACCCAAGCAUCUAUGAUCAUGUCCGCGAAGCAUAUAAUCACCUUUGGGACAUCCUCGAGGCGAAUAGGGCCGCACUGGGAAGCGAGGUGUGGAGUUGGGUGUAUGAUGGGGGGUACAAGCUGACUCCACUGGGGGCCCUUCCUCCUCCACCAGGCUCCAAUCCUACCGAGUCAAAUAUCCGCCAAUUGUGGAGCUUGACAUUCUUGGCGGUAACUCGAAAUGAGGCUUUUAGAUAGCCUGACUGCGAGGAGAAAUGGUCUCGGUGACAUUUGCCGUACGAGAUUUGUAUGGCUGAUGGAUCUUGGAUAAGAUCCUUUUCUAGGCUGCCAUUGGUCUAUAGAAAUUUCUCGCCUGCUCAAAACACCGGACUGCAUAUAAUCAUAAGAGCAGAACCGCACACAAUACCCAACGAUGACUUAAAUACCAAACUGACUGCAUGUCCUAAAAUACGCCACAUUAUGCAUAAUGCACCCGGAUCAAUUAUGCUCAAUAGGUGUCUCGGGUAGCAGUGGCUCGGUCUC